AUGGAUGCUGUUAAUUCAUCCUCUGAUCGUAUCCUUGCUAGCUUCCCAAAUCUGGAAGCUGCAGAUUUGCUGCAAAAGUUGUCAUUGGAUUCAGAGAAUAAGGCUGUUGAAGUUCCUGAGGCCACAAAUGAGGCCAUUUAUGGUGAGAAUGGCUCUCUCACCUACCAGCAGAAUUAUGGUGCUGUGCCAUAUGGAGCAUAUGCUUCUCCAGCUUCAUCUGUUCCUGCUAUCGGAAAUGACGGUCAAGUGCUUGGCUUACAAGAAUAUCACUAUCCAAGUCCUUAUUACCAGUCAUCAACUCAAAACAUUAGGCCUUCAGGUCCUAACCAAGCCGGUGCUCCUCUUGUGGAGGCUCCAGUGUCACUAGCAGCUGAUCAAGCAUCUUUAUCAGUUGAAGGAACUAAAGGAAAACCAAAUGUUGUACUAAAUGGUGGAAGUGUGAGUGGAAAUAAGGGGCCAAACCAACCGAGACCAGUUUACCAGAACUCAUCUUUAAAUGCAAACAGUUCCUACAGAAGAGGAGGCUACCAAACAGGUGUUCCUUCUCCAACUUAUCAAGAUCCAAGGAUGAGUUUUGACGGGAGUCACCUUGCUUCUGGGAGGAAUAACAAUCUUCAUCUCUUUCCACACUUCUUGAAUGCGUCUCAUGCUCGACCGGCAUCUGGUUUGGGCCAGUCAUAUGCAUACAUGAAUCACAUGUACCCUAGUCACGGGAUGUAUGGACAUUAUGGAAACAUGAUAAGUGCUGGUUCUGGCUUUGGAUCUUAUGCAUAUGAUUCUUCUUGGAAAAAUGGGCAAGGAUGGGGUGCUGAUAAUAAAUACAAAAACCGGAGUCGCGGUUAUGGUGUUAUCGGCUAUGGAAAAGAGAAUAUGGAUGGAUUAAAUGAGCUAAACCGAGGACCUAGAGCAAAGGGCUUUAUGAACCAAGAAGGUGUUGGACCUGUAGCACUUACGGCUAAAGAGCAGAAAUUUCCAGCGAGUGAAACGUUCAAAGAAAAUAAUAUGCCUCUUCUUGAUACGCAACAGUACAACCGAGAGGAUUUUCCUGGGGAUUACUUAAAUGCAAAGUUCUUUGUCAUCAAAUCCUACAGUGAGGAUGACAUCCAUAAUAGCAUCAAGUAUAAUGUAUGGUCCAGCACACCAAAUGGCAAUAAAAAGCUGGAUGCAGCUUAUCAUGAAGCAAAAGAGAAACCAGAUGGGUGUCCUGUAUUUCUAUUUUUCUCUGUAAACACCAGUGGACAAUUUGUUGGAAUAGCAGAGAUGGUAGGACCUGUUGAUUUUAACAAAACAGUGGAGUACUGGCAACAGGACAAGUGGAUUGGUUGCUUCCCCGUGAAGUGGCAUCUGAUUAAGGAUGUACCAAACAAUUUAUUGAGGCACAUAACUCUUGAAAACAAUGAGAAUAAACCAGUCACAAAUAGCAGGGAUACUCAGGAGGUUAACUUUGAGAAGGGUAUACAAGUUAUCAAAAUAUUCAAGGAUCAUUCAAGCAAGACCUCCAUCCUUGAUGAUUUUGAAUUUUAUGAAGAUCGGCAGAAGAAGAUUCAGGAGAAAAAGGCUAAGCAGCAGCAUUUAAAGACACAGGUUUUAGAUGGGAAGACUGAUAAUAGCGUAGAAAAGAAUGAUAGGAUUAAAGAUACAUCUUUAGGAAAAGAAAGUUUGCAAAAAUCUUUGGAUGGAACACCGCAAAAGGAACUGGUAGGUGAAACACCAGCUAAAGUAAUUGAGGCAAAUGGGAAACCUAGGCUGCUCGAACAGAAUGGCGUAUCCACCAAGGAUGUUGAAGAAACAACGGAGGGUGCUGUAAACGUUGUGUUGUCUGAGAAGAAAGUUACUUCAAAUGGAGUUGCUAGUGGAGUUGCUAGUGCUUGCUAAUUUUCUCACAGUAUAUUGAUUUCAGUUUAGCAUAGAGUUGUAGUUUUUAUUUUUCUGUUUUUUUGAAAGAAAUCAAUCUUGGCUGCAAAUUAGCUUGCAAUUACUAGUGUUUAGCAUAUGGAGACCAAAUUCUAUGUUUUUCUUUUCUUUUUUCAAAACUUGCCGUUUAUCUCCCUUCGUUUUUUGUUCCCCACCAGUUUUACUAGUUGAGCAUAAAAAAACUCUGUUAGUUCUUCUAAUGGAAAUUGAAGGCAGGAGUUUCUGUUGCCUUUUCA